UAUUCAAGGUUAUUCAAUGAAACGAAAACUACUUGAAUUCAUUUAACUCAGAGACACAUUUUCACGUACAAUAUUUGACAGGUACAUUGCGUCUAAUUAUAUUGGACUUUAUAUAGAAUACGAUAGCUUUUCUAUUUUAUGGGUUAAGUGAAUCAUCAUAUAUCCGAUUCAUUUAUAUUGUAAUAAAAGGUAUAACUUCAACAAGACAAACGGUUCGUUGGGCAAGCGUUUCAUGUUAUAAAUUGGAAUGUUGGUUAACAUGUGUUUGAUGUAAAAACAAAAUCAAAUAUAAUAACAAAACAAAAGGCAGGAUGAGUGAAGAUUGGACUGUGGAGAAAAUCCUCAAUUUGAAGCUACCGGCUGCCAUCAAGUUAGCCAAGGAAUGGGACGUGAAUAUCACAGGGCUGAAAAAACUGGAGGAAAUCUUGGAUAGACUUGUGCCGAAAAUUCAGGGACCAUCCAGUGGGACACAUCCUAAUGCACCAGGGAUUGUACAGGCCAGUAGAGACCAAGAAAAUGUUCGCAUAGAGCUGCAAGAAAAGAUUCGAAAGGCGGAGAAACUAGUCGGAAUGCUGCCUCCAAAGCUUAUGGCCAACAUGUUGCAAUCCUAUCCGAAUCUAGAGGCUGAUAUAAAGGCAAGACAAAAUUCCUUAAAGAUUGGUGAAUGUUGGAUCCUCGUAGCAGGUGAAGUUGGCGCGGGCAAGUCGAGCAUCAUCAAUUUGUUUCUGGAAUGUCAAUUGCUUCCGAUGGACGCCCUCAAGUGCACCAACACGAUUGUUGAGAUCCGGUGUAGCGAUAUCAAGGAGGCGAGAUGUCACUUCAAGCCUCCGUUGUCUGACAGUGGUACACCGCUUCACACUGAACCGAGAAUCAUCAAGAUGAAUGAUCUGAAGGGCCUACAGGAGUUCAAGGACUGUGUUGCUGAAUGUGACGAGAACGACGACAAUCCUUAUGACCAUAUCGAACUCUACUAUCCCUUUAAAACACUCAGCAAAAACGUUGUGAUAGUUGACACGCCAGGCAUCGAGGGAGGUUCUAACGUAGACCAUCGUUUACAGAAGUACCUCAAGUCCGCCUUCGGAUUUCUCUACGUCAUCAACACUAACACUGCUGGGGGUGUCUCACAAAGCAGGCUUGGCCACCUUCUGAAGACAGUGGUUAACAGCUGUGAAGAGUUCAGCCCAGAGAGCUCGCUCUUUAUCGGCAACAAGUGGGAGAAUGUACCCGACUGUGACAAGGCGGACGUGCAGAAAGACGUCUUUGAUAAACUCUCCAGGGUCUACCCCGGAAUAAGGGGUCACCAGAUUCACUACAUGUCCGUUACCAAGGCGAAAGAGAUGUUUAUGAAACACCAGACGCAUUCCCAAGAUCACGUGACACUCCUACAGAAGAUUGGCGAGUUGAUUCCAAACUCUCUCCGCCAGGGCUUGACCAACCAAUACUGGUGGCUGUCGGCGUUCUUAUCUCGUACCUCCUACGUCCUACGUGUUACGGGCGUGCAGCACGAAAUGUCGGCGGAAGAGGUGAAACGGAAGUACACGGAGAUGCAGAGUCACGUAUCAGACCUCCAACGUGACACUGACGCGUGUGUGAAGAAGCUAAGGGAAAAGAUCGAAUAUGAAAUCUUCAGAAUAACAAAAGCCGUACAAGAUGUCCUCAAUAACAGAAACCUCCAAAACAGACUCUGUAAUUGGGAGGACGAAGGAGAUUGUCCGAAGGUGGACCGGAAGUGGAAGCGAACCGUGGACGAAGCUGCGAUGAAAAUCUCCACUCGCAUUGCCAAUGCAAUCGACGGAUGGCAAAGGGAAAACAGAAUUUUACAAGGCAUAGACGUCGAGAUUGUAAAUCAAUUCGCAAAAGAGUUCGGUCUUCUUAAUCAUCAUGUGGAGGACAUUGAAAAGUUCCUCACACACAGCAAAGGCCAAACUAGAAUGAUGCAGACGGUGAAAGUGAUGCCUGUACGAGGAAUAUUCGGCAAGAAGACCGGAAAGGUAGAGAGGACUUACAGCACCCUAGGCGGCGCUGUCAGCUGUAUCGGUAUGCUGGACACCAACAACAAGGAGGUCCGCGAACUGUUCAGGAAACAAUAUACCGAUAAGGCUUCACCUACAACCAAGGCUGCGACCAUGGCAAAAGCCAGUACGAUUUACUUGCGGAGCAUCCUUGAUCACAAGGACAUGCCGACUAAACUGAGAAAGUUCUUUGAAAGAUUCUUCAAAGAUAUCGACGAAGCCGCCAAGAGAAUACCAAUCUUUCUGAAAGCCGACCAGCAGCUGAUCGAAACGCUGAGACACGACAUGACCCAGAUAGAAGAAAUCAAGGAGAAACUGCCCAGCCUCGCCACUGACUGCGCCGAUCUGCAUGGUUCCCUUGACAUCUUCUACGUGAACAAGAUCAUGAAGUUCGACUUUGACUUGGAAGAGUUGGACUGGGCCAACAAACAGUUUCUAGGGUCGGGCUCGUUUGCCGAAGUGUUUAGUUCGGAACUGAAGAGAAAGCGUCGGCCAGUGGCGUUGAAGGUUGCCAGCAGCCCUGUUAAAAGCGACAACGUUACUGAAAUUCUGAUGGAGGACAGAACCAUGCGGGAAUUGCGUCACCCGAACAUCAUCCGUUACUUUGGCGCGACGUACGUAAAAAAGACAUCGGGCUUAGUCUGGAUCAUGGUCAUGGAGCUGUGUAACGCCUCGCUGAAGAGCUUGUACAUUGACGACAUUAACAAGGACAACCACGUACCUGGCAUGAUGCCCCCUGAGCACCCAAGGCGGCAGGCGGCGGUGAAGAGGACGCUGACUCAUUGCCUCGACAUCGUUAAGGGCCUGGAGUAUAUCCACGAGAAGGGCUACACGCACAGAGAUAUGAAGCUGGAAAACGUGCUGAUCGGAAAUGAAGACGUGGCCAAAAUAACCGAUGUCGGUGUAACGAAACAAACGAGCAACCUCGUGCGCACGUGCAACGGUUCCCCGGCGUAUAUGGCACCGGAAGUUCUAUUGUCCACUAAAACCCAGACGAACAAGAUAGAUAUAUACAGCCUGGCGCUUAUAUACUGGGAGAUGUGGUUCGGGCACGACGUAUCCAGCGAUAUGAAUCGGGAAAUCCUCGGGCUCGGUUUUCAAGGAGAUGCGUUAUCAAAGCUUCGCGAGCGUCAAGGUGAUGCGAAAGGUGGAUGGCGACCGAGUUUAAGCCACCGGAACAGGCCGCCGAACAGCUUUAUCGAUAUUAUCAAAAGAAGUUGGUCUGACAACCCUGACCAGAGACCGGAAGCGAAGGAAAUUCGGAUCUUUCUUGAGGAACUGAUUCGCAACAACUGAGGGAUAAAAACAAAUACAUACAUCACAAGAUAUAUUUUCCAAUGGCCGUAUUAUUCUUACAUAUAAUAUCCCUUGAUUUUUUCAUGAUAAGAUGCAGAUUGGUUAUUUACUUGUACUUUGUAUGCUUUUAUUCCUUUUUAGCAUUAUCUCAGCAUGUGGCAAAGUAUAGUGGUAGUGGGUUUGUGUGCGUUCAAGCACGAGUAUACGCUUAAAGCACGUAGAUUAUUAAAUGCACAACAAUUCAGCUGCAUUAAUAGACUUAACAAGGUGUAUGAAGUGCGUAGCAAUUUAAAUCAGUUUGUGUUAGUUUAAUUAUACUAAAUUGUUAUUUAUUGUGCGUGUGGGUUUCACAUAAUAUUACCUUUCGCUUCAACCAAAGUCAAGACAAGCCAUUUAUGUUUAGGCUGUUAUUCGUACGACGUUUACGAUGUGGUUUUGUCAUUGGAAAAAAAGGGCUUAACACAUGUGUGUUACGUGUCGUCUAAAAUAUACCUGUACAAUCCGCUCAGGACAAUCAGGGAUGACUUUUACCGCUUAAACUGACGUUUUGGUUAAAAAGAAGUCUUUUCUAAACCCAAAUCCAGUUUAUGCGGAAAGUGUCGUCCCUAAAAGUGUCGUCCCAGUUUCUCCCGAACAAUGCUCUUACUUGUCAUCCUCGUUAUACUCUCUGUCAUAUUUUAAAGGGAUCUUUUCACGGUUUGGUAAAUUGACAAAAUUGAAAAAAAAUGUUUCAGAUUCGCAAAUUUUCGUUUUAGUUAUGAUAUUUGUGAGGAAACAGUAUUACUGAACAUUUACCAUAGUCCAAUAUAGCCAUUAUAUGUAUCUUUUGACGAUUUGAAAACCUAAAAAUUAUAAAGCGUUGCAACGCGAAACGAUUGAAAAAUUUGGAGAGUUCUGUUGUUGUCGUUUAAAUUUACAAAACUACGAAGAUUACUUAUAUAAGGUAUAAAAUGGUACCGGCUACUUUUUUUACUUUUUUAAAAUUUUAUUCUAGAUUUUUUACUGGAGCUUUUAAGAUCCAAUGUUUACAUUUAUCAAUAUAAAGCAUUUAAUGACAAACUUCAAAAUAUUCCAAAAUCUGUGAAAAGGCCCCUUUAAUUGCAUGAAUUGACUGAAAUGUGACGAUUAAAUGUAACGGCAAUAAAUAAUAAUAAAGAAAGCAGUAAUCUCAGAAGAAUGAUGCGUGAUAUAUAUUCGUUUUUGAUUUUGUUUUCCUUAUAGAUGUUAUUGUAUUUACUGGUACAUGUAUUAGUAUUGUUGCUAAAAUGUGUUUUAGAUUAUUUGAAUAUUUUAUGUACGUUUGUUGUGUGACAAUCUUACAUUCGACAGUAAUUGAACUGUCAAAGUAUUCUAGAGGAGACUGUCGUUCAAAAUAAAGUACAUGUAUCACUUUAUACUUUGACACAUUUCAAACUUACUUGUUUGCUGAAAGUUAAAUUAGUUUAACUCAAAUUUAUUUAGAAUUUGGUAUAACUUUAUUUAUGUAAAAUCCUAGUUAUCUAUUUAAACAAUCAGUAUUUAGAUUUUUAAUAAAUUUCCCCAAAAUGCG